ACAAGUAUGAGGGAAAGGGAGGAGCCAUGGGGUGACAGGGGAGGAGAAGGAUGUUCAUGACUUUCAGACUGACUGGAGGGAAGCAGUGGAAAAUAAACAAGACAAUAAGUGAAGAUGGCUCCCCAGCUCUACAUCACCAUGUACAAAGAGCAGUUUGCCUCACCCGGCAGAGCGAAACGAGAGCGACCUCGACCCACCUCUGCCCACCGCAGGAACAACCCCCAGCCCCGGCCGGACUUUCUGUUUCCCCGGACUGUCCACUCCAACUACAGGUCACGCCGCACAAUAUCACAGCCGUUGCCCCCUGUGGAAACUGGCCGUCCACUCUUCCCUCCUGUCAGACAUUUAUCAUUCCUCCACCCAGUAACAACUUGUCCUGGCAACUAUCUAAACACAGUGGACACAGGCAAACCAAACCUCAUGCCCCCUGUCAACCAAUCCACAUUACAUGCUCUGCCCUCUGCUGACGGACUGCAGAAACUACAGCUGCCUGAGCCUCCUGCUGGUGCCGGAUUUCAGCCCCACACAGCUUUGAAGAACCCAGCAAGGAUGGACUAUCAGAGGAAUGUUCAUCCACUCUCAGCACAGCAACUCAGGCAACAUGCAGGUGCUCAUCUUCGGACAAGACCCCAAACCAGCAACCCUCCAGCAGGUCAACACCACUUUCCACUGACACAAUACCGGAGGUCCAGCUCCAAUAGCAGCCUGGAUUAUAGCGGGUGCUACAGCUGCUUCCAUGUGGUGAAGCCCUACCAAGCUGGACACUACAUCAUACACCCAGAGUUUGUGUCUGAGUGCCUUCGUUAGGACUAUUAGAGCACUCGCUUCCAAAGUGGGGAUCGGGGACCUGCAGUGGUCCUUGAGGGGGCUCUGGAGGUUUCCCAGCAAAAAGAGGGAUCAUUAACUUCACUAUUGUUUAAUUCUCUACUAAUUAACCCAGUGAGACAAGGUGUAAGAAUGAAUAAUGUGACUGUUGGCUGCACUCUCACUACUGUUAUCUCCCUACAUACAGCAUGGACACUUUUACAGUUUAGCACUAAAUCAGCAGCAAAGAUCUUCCCACAAGGGGCCUCAUGGUGAUGAAAUUGAAGAGGCACUGUGCCCCUAAUGUGCAUCAUUCUAUGACAUUAAAGUUUUAUCCUACUAUGAGAGAGAUAAUUGUCUAAAUUUGAUAUAGGAAUUCUUUAUUGCAUGUUUGGAAGGUUAAAAAAGAAGUAGUGCUGCAAACAAUGAAACAUUACUCAUGGGUAUUACAUACUUAUUAUGGUGAUUAUUAUUAGUACUUUCUAGAGAUACCAUACAGUAGACAAAAUAUAGCACCAGUGCUAAUAAGGUCAUCAUAUAGACCUAAAGUCCUGAAUAGUAUUUGGCUCUCACUAUACAGCCACUGUGUGUUUUUCAAAAGUUGUUCAACCAGUUUGAUUUGCUUAAAUCAUGUAAAACAGUGUGACAAUGUGCAUAGUAAGAAAAUAAAAAGUUCUGUGUUCAA